GCUGCUUUGUUAUCGCGAGACUUGCACCAAAAUCUCGUCGCAGGUACAACCUGGUAGCCUGGACGAUAUGAAGCUGCAUCUCUGAAAUUAUUUAUCGAUUUAAUGUCCGCCAGUGAAGAUAUUUGGCCAAUAACUACCAGCUGUAUGACCCACCAGUGUCUUUGUUUGGUUGAAUUAAAUUUACAUAGUUAGCUUUAGUGCUAACUAGAAAGGGCUCGUGCAGGCUACGCUCCGUUGGCUCCGAUGUUUACACGUUGACCAGAGGUAACGUAAGCUAGCUCGGUGUUUACUGGCUGCUCUGCCUGUUUACAGUCCGUUUCCUUAUAGCUAGCUAAAAGUCAAUUAUGUUUAUGAUCGUAUGCAAUGCUAACUGGCUCCCUGCAUCACACGGCAUCGCUUGUCAUCCCUGGACUUAACAGUAACGUUAGCGUUAGCUUGACUCGAAACCAUAGCUUUACUAACAUCACUAAAGCCCAUCACAGGUUGACGGUCAGGAGAUAUUAAAGCACAAAACUUCGCGUUAUAGUGAAGCAAACUGCUGCGUUACAUGGCUGCUGGAAAUGGCAUGAGUUAGCUGUUUAGCAUGGCAGCAUCUCAUGGCAGUUUAUAGAUGCCAGGGCAGAGGAGUGUACAGUGGUAGCAACAUCGUCUGUCUCUUGCCUCUGGAGGCCAACCUCAGAAGAAAACAGCGGUGUCAGUCAGUCGUUGGCAUUAAAACAGUGCCAGCCAACCAAAGGAUAAUGGAGUCGGCGAGGAGCGCUUUCCAUGCUCAGCUGGCCACCGUCAUGGAUUCACUGCUUGCAGCCGCUGUGUGCGAGAUCGCCAAGAUCUUUGAGAGCAGCCUGUGUGAACAGCAGGCGGAGCUGGCGCAGAAAACGGAGGAGAUCUCCAUCCUCCGGUGCAAGCUGGAGAAAGUGGAGAGGAGGCAGAAGCCGAAAGGAGGAGGGAGCGAGGAAGGGGAGAUGUCAUCAGGGGACAGAGAGGGCAACUUGAGGCAACAGACUUUGACAGGAUCAGGACUAAAUGUGGGAAAGGAUUUGUCUUCUCAUUCAGACCCAGUGGAAGGAAAUAGCCAGAGCCUCAACAGGCUGAAAGAAGAGGUCACGGGCCAGGAUGGAGUUUCAGUAAAGCAUGAGCGUGCUGGAUUGCGGUCUGCCCUGGGAUCUGUCUCAGUGUCAGUCCCAGAGGGAAGUCUUGCUGCUGGGGACCAGAGGCAGAUCGAUGCCUUGCCUACUACGCAAGCAAAGACCAAAUUAUCUCAUUGGAAUCAGAGCAGUCGUAGUGCAGACCAGAGAUCCCUGCAGGAUCAAGCCUCUACCCCUUUUCUCUCCAUCUCCCAGAGUGGACGUUGCUCCCCCAGGCCUGACCCAAGCUUAGCUCAGCCAGGGGAGUGGUUACCGGGGUUGGACGCUGCCCGAGGUGGGGUGUCUGGUUUGGAGAACCUGCAGGCAGAUGGCACCAGCUGCUCUGGUCCACCUAGCGGCAGCGCUGGCACAGAUGCAUCCUGCUUCAGACCUAGUUUUGGCUCAGAUGAUACCAGCAAUGAGGAUGAUGAUAGCUCUUUCCCCUUCCUGGACCAGGAGCCCGAGAACCGGAAUGCCAAUCAGAACUCAGUCCAGGAUCAGGGUGUCGGGCAGAGGAGUGCUCGUCAGGAUCAACCCCAAGCCCCUACUGUUGAAUCACCGUGGAGGCCCAGAGACGACAGGGUUGCGAGAAGUCCGAUCAAUCACACGCGGCGAGUUGCAAAUUUUAGCAGUAGAGACCCUCUCAGGCCACAGUCUAAUUCACAGUCACUCACUCUGCGACACACAAACACUCUCAGCCACCCUCCAGCUCCGGGUGGAGGAAAUGGACGACCUUACACUUGCCCGUACUGCACAAAGUGUUUUACGUACCCAUCCCACCAGCGCAGACACCUUUUACGCCACACGGGGGUCAGACUGCAUCCCUGUCAGUUUUGUGACAAGAGCUUCCUCACUCCCUCUGAGCUCACUGUUCACACUCGCACACAUACAGGGGAACGGCCUUUCGGCUGCGCUCAGUGUGGGAAACGUUUUGCCCGCAGCGGGAACCUGAGAGCCCACCAGCGGGACGUUCACAUGGGAAAGAGACCGUUUGCCUGCACAGAGUGUGGAAAGAGAUUUGCGCACAGGGGUAACUUGCGGGUGCACAACCACAGAGUCCACCAGGGAGAUCCUUACUACAUGGAUGAUCAGCAGGAGCCUGACAUAGGCCCCAAUCCCAUUUGAAAACAUUUUGAGAAAUAUAUUCUUCUGCACUUUUAAUUUUGUUCCAGAAUUGCCCUUUGUGUCUCAUCUAAACUUAUUACUGAACACUUAGAAGGAUUUAAAGUUUUGUUUUGCUUUCAAAUUUCAUUCAAGGCAACUGUAAUAUAUCUACAUCCAAAUUAAUUAUGUACAUUACCAUUCAAAAGUUUGGACACACCUUCUCAUAAGUUUUUUUUUUUUAGAUUAAUUUGUACAAUGCAGAUUAAUACUGAAGACAUCAGAACUGUAAAAGAAAACGUAUGGAAUUAUGUUGAAAACAAAAAAGUGUUAAUAUUCACUAUUAAUCUACAAAGUAGAAAAUAAUACAAAUCAAUAAAAAGCACUGAAUGAGAAAGUGUGUCCAAAUUUUUGACUGGUGGUGUAUAUCAGGGGUUAUAUUGGGCCAGAGCCCACUGGAGCUGAGGUCGAGUUUACAGCAUUAAACAAAUAUUCAAAUCAUCCUUCAGAUAUCUCCCAUUGAACGUAGAAUGACAACUUCUUUUCUUCAGUUUUUUUAACGACAGUAGCAUCACACAGCGUUGCAUCUACAGGUGACACAGCAACAGUAACUUCUGCUGAUGUGUCAUUGUGAUCUAAUGUAGCUUUAUUAAGCUGAAUGUGCUUCUACACUCAAACAACUGAACAAAUUCAGCUAUCGUUAAAUCAUUUUGCAGUUAAACCGCUCGUAACAAAGCAGUUAUGCUCAGGAUUAUUCCAGAAUUUUUAAUUGUCUUCUGGAAAAUUACUUUGUCGUGUGUAUAAAGGAAGACAUUCUUUGCUGCUUGAAUGCAUAAUACUUGGAGGAGUGGUAGUGCUGCAAGUAUGUAGUUAUCAUCCAUAAAUUAACAUUAAAAAUACAGCACCAGGCAAUCAGUCUAAGAAUGAAGCACAAAUAUACUGAACCUACAAGUUACUGUAGAUGCUACAGUGUAUUUGCCCAUGUGCCUCUGUAUUUGGGGAGUUGUAUUAUCAUUUGGGACUUUAUAGAGCUUUGUGGAUGUGAACUUUUCUUCAAAAUCAUUUAAAAUGUUGCUGCCUUUGCACAACCAGUUGGUACAGAAAGUAAUCAAAUACAAUCCUUUUUUUUAUUUUAUUUAAAAGCUGUAUCAGUGCCUUCGGUGCUCUGGACAAGCCACAUCCACUGAACGUAAUGUGUAAUUUUCACAGAAACUCAUUUCUACUGAAGACCCAUCCGAAAUUUGUACUGUCUGGUUUACUCUGUCAUGCCAACCUCAUUCGACAGGCGCUCCCUCUCCUCACAAAGCCCAAUUUAACCCCUGUAUAUAAUAACAACACAUGGUCAAAUUUAUUGAAUUAUUUUAUUCCCAUUAUGUUUCUGUGUCUAAAUUAUAGGCCACUCUAUAAGAGAGAGCUUUGUAUUUCACUUUAUUGUAAAUGAUUGGUUACAUUUAAACCAUAAAUAAGAAAUAUUGGCUGUUGUGAAAAAGUGAAUGUCUCUACAGGUUGACUGUAUCCUCCAGUGACGUUCCUGGUAAGUCACUGAACAGAUCUGAGCACCUUUUCAUUACUUGAAGUGACAGAACUUCAAAAUACUGUUUUUGUAAAGCCAAUAAAGGAAGUCUGGUUGGUGUUAGAUUUAGACUUGUGGCAUGCAGAGGUAGGAUAGCGCGUCUCUUCAUUCAAAGUUGUGCUUAUGUACUGACCAUCUCCUCAGUUUUAUUUUGACGGUGUUGUAAAAUGAAAAUGUUGUUGCAACAAGUACAUAGCCAUGUUGUUGAAGAAGAACUGUGCUUUUAUUUCCCAUCCUGUUUUUGCAAAGUGAAAUUAAACAAGAUAGUGACAUAAACUCUAA